UCCGUUUAAAGCACCUUCACCUGCAUUUCUUCCCUUCAGACUUGAGACUUCUUAGUUCAGAGCUUCAGAAUUUAACAUUUCCUUCUUUAGAAAGAAGUGGCUUUGGUGGGUUUAGCCUUAGAUUGCUUGAUCUGCCGUGACCCCAUUUGUUAUCUGCUCCUCUUAUCUUCCUCCAAGAAAGAACAAAACUAAUGGGUGGUGGUGAUGGUAAGAUCUACACUUUGGCAGAAGUUGCAGGGCACAACAAUUCCAAGGAUUGUUGGCUCAUUAUCGGCGGGAAGGUAUAUGAUGUAACAAAGUUCUUGGAGGACCAUCCUGGUGGUGAUGAGGUCUUGUUGUCAGCAACAGGGAAGGAUGCUACCGAUGAUUUUGAGGAUGUUGGUCACAGUACCAGUGCAAGAACGAUGAUGGAUGAAUACUAUGUUGGGGAGAUUGAUGUAUCGACCAUUCCCACCAAGACCAAGUACACACCUCCCAAGCAGCCAAACUACAACCAGGACAAAACCCCAGAGUUCAUUAUCAAGCUCCUCCAGUUCCUGGUUCCCCUUGCUAUCCUGGGGUUGGCCAUUGCAAUCCGCUUCUACACAAAAUCUGCAUAAUUGCGGAGAGUGCACCUUGGGACAGGACUAAGUUUGUGUUUGUGCUUAAAAACCGCAAUUAGUUUUCUUCUUUAUGCUUAUGGACAUUGCAACUCAGGGGUUAGUAGUGUAGUCAAACUUGCAUAAUGGUAACGUAUUUGUGUCCCAUUGCAAAAAAAAAAAAGUUUACAAGACUCCUUUGCUGCCUUUAUGUUCUGAGAUCCUAUUCCCCUUUCUUCAGUUAUCUGUCUUCACAAAGUCUCAGACUGUAAUAUUUUCCCUCAGUUUAGCAGAUAUGGAGGUCCAAUUUUUAUGUAAUGCGACCAAAAUUCUUCUAGUGCUUGAAUGACUGGAAGGUAGCCUACCUUUAAUCA